AUGGACAUUGUGAUGGACAUUGUGAUGGACAUUGUGAUGGACAUUGUGAUGGUAAUUGUGAUGGACAUUGUGAUGGUAAUUGUGAUGAACAUUGUGAUGGUAAUUGUGAUAGACAUUGUGAUGGUAAUUGUGAUGGACAUUGUGAUGGUAAUUGUGAUGGACAUUGUGAUGGACAUUGUGAUAGACAUUAUGAUGGACAUUGUGUUGGACAUUGUGAUGGACAUUGUGAUAGACAUUGUGAUGGUAAUUGUGAUGGAUAUUGUGAUGCACAUUGUGAUGGACAUUGUGAUGGACAUUGUGAUGGUAAUUGUGAUGGACAUUGAGAUGGUAAUUGUGAUGGUCAUUGUGAUGGACAUUGUGAUGGACAUUGUGAUGGUAAUUGUGAUGGACAUUGUGAUGGUAAUUGUGAUGGACAUUGUGAUGGUAAUUGUGAUGGACAUUGUGAUGGACGUUGUUAUGGACAUUGUGAUGGUAAUUGUGAUGGACAUUGUGAUGGUAAUUGUGAUGGACAUUGUGAUGGACAUUGUGAUGGACAUUGUGAUGGACAUUGUGAUGGACAUUGUGAUGCACAUUGUGAUGGACAUUGUGAUGGACAUUGUGAUGCACAUUGUGAUGGACAUUGUGAUGGACAUUGCGAUGGACAUUGUGAUGGACAUUGUGAUGGACAUUGUGAUGGACAUUGUGAUGGACAUUGUGUUGGACAUUGUGACGGACAUUGUGAUAGACAUUGUGAUGGUAAUUGUGAUGGAUAUUGUGAUGCACAUUGUGAUGGACAUUGUGAUGGACAUUGUGAUGGUAAUUGUGAUGGACAUUGAGAUGGUAAUUGUGAUGGUCAUUGUGAUGGACAUUUUGAUGGUAAUUGUGAUGGACAUUGUGAUGGACAUUGUGAUUGACAUUGUGAUGGACAUUGUGAUGGACAUUGUGAUGGACAUUGUGAUGAACAUUGUGAUGGACAUUGUGAUGGACAUUGUGAUGGACAUUGUGAUGGGCAUUGUGACGGACAUUGUGAUGGUAAUUGUGAUGGACAUUGUGACAGACAUUGUGAUGAACUUUGUGAUGGUAAUUGUGAUGGACAUUGUGAUGGACAUUGCGAUGGACAUUGUGAUGGACAUUGUGGUGGACACUGUAUUUGGACAUUUUGAUGGACAUUGUGAUGGUAAUUGUGACGGACAUUGUGAUGGACAAUGGGAUGGUAAUUGUGAUGGACAUUGUGAUGGACAUUGUGAUGGUAAUUGUGAUGGACAUUGUGAUGGACAUUGUGAUGGUAAUUUUGAUGGACAUUGUGAUGGUAAUUGUGAUUGA